UGUGUCUUACAAAUUGCCUACAGAUUCAGUAUUUGAUUCUGGCUUUCAAAAAUUGUUUUCGUUUUAAAAAUUUGAAGUUACCAAAAUGACCGAAAAGCGGAAGCUCCUUCAGCGGUACAUGCGAAACCUAAACGAUCUACAGGAUGAGCUCAAGCGGAAAGAGCUGGAGAACAAGAUGAAGGAACUGGAAAUGUUGCAGGUUAAGCUAGCUCGUCGCCAGGAGCAGUCUGGCACCAAAUGCGCUGGCGGUAAGAUCAAGGACUUGCGCCAGAAAAAGCUUCGAAAGGUACUAGGCAAAUAUAUGAUGACCCUGGAGGGAUUUCUUUGCGAGUUGGCCCGCAGGGAGGCGCGUCUAAGUGGCGACAAGGGUCGCGUUAGUGAAUCCGAGAACCUGCCACAUCCGCAGAUGUUGGAGGAGUACACAGUAGCGUUCUGUGCUGUCGGUGAGGACGGUCGGGAGCUGUUAGAGGCGGCUCUUUCUGCACGCCGGUGUGCCUAUGCACCAUACAGCAACUUCAAAGUAGGAGCAGCCUUCCGUGCGAAGUGCGGCAGGAUCUACACGGGCUGCAAUAUCGAGAACGUAGCAUUCACUCCAGGUAAUUGUGCGGAACGUUGUGCUCUGGCCAAGGGAAUAAGCGAGGGCGAGAAGAAGUACACGGCGGGUGCUGUGGUAGCCUAUCACCCAGAUGGGUUUACCACACCCUGCGGUGUCUGCCGGCAGUUCAUUCUAGAGUUCGUCCAAAAAGACAUUCCUAUCUACAUUGCCAAGGCUCCGCCGCCGGAGCAAGAGGACUGCAUUCCUGCGAUUCAAGACGAUGAUGAAGUGCUGGUCACGUCCGCUUACCAUUUGCUACCUUACAGCUUUAACUCAUUUGAAUGAAAUUUUCCUCUAAUCAUAUUAAAAGGAGUUUGCAUACUUA